AUGCAUGAAGCGAUGGCCUCGCACGUAGAGAGGGCCGUGGACCUCUCAGAGAACCGCCAGCCUGGUCUCUAUGCCUCAUCGACGGUUCCCUUUGCAUUCGCCGUCCUCUCUGUCGUCCUUCGCUUUUGGUGUCGCCAGAAAAAGAGGGCAGGCCUCUGGAUCGAUGACUGGCUCAUCGUCAUUGCGUUGGUGUGCGCUGUCGGCCUCACGGCUGAUCUUGUAUGGUUCGAAUACCUCUUCAUCGGCCUCUUCGUGGCCGAGUUGACUUACACCGGGGUUAUCAUCUUCGUCAAGUUCUCAAUAGCCGCUCUAUACUGGCGCAUCUUCGAAAAGGCGAGCAUCAAAAUCCCCAUCAUCAUCGUGUCGGCGCUGGUGGCCAUGUGGGGAACUGCAGUGUUCCUGCUCACCGUCCUUCAAUGCAUUCCCACGCAAGGUAUCUGGGACAAGACCAUUGACUCAUCUUGCGACGUCGACUCCAACAUGUUUCUCAUGGCCAUAUCCAUACCGAACAUCCUCAUCGACGUCUUCCUCCUUCUGCUGCCAGUUCCUUACGUCUUCAGUCUGCACAUCUCACUUAGCCGCAAGGUCUCAGUCUUGUCCAUGUUUCUUCUGGGUGGAUUCGUCUGUGUGGCUUCCAUCAUGCGUCUUAUCGCUGUCGUCAAUCAGAGCACCUCGGCCGACAUGACUUGGAACGUUGUGGGUCAGGCAACGUGGGCCAAGAUGGAGGCAGAUUUCGCCAUCAUCUCAGCGUGUCUGCCUACUCUGAGGCCCCUGUAUGUGGCCCUUCUCCCGAAGCGUUUCGCUGCCCGAGCCUCCGCUGGCUCAGACUACACAGGCAGCAAAGAGGAAUCCAGGAAGAAGAGUGUGCAGCAGUCUUGGGGCAUGUCUGUUCUCCGGUCCAGGGACGACGACACCGCUCCCUUGUCCUCUGUGGCCGGGAUCGAGGGACCAAACUCCCAUUAUCACAUGGUCAAGGAUGCACAGGAGGCCAGGGUCACGGUCGUGUUAUCAAACAACUCGGACAGCAGUCAGAUUCGAUCGCCAGCCUCCAUAAGGGUGGAAACCGCUUGGGACGUGGAGUACAGUGGAACUAAAAGUCCUCGGAACGCCUACGCCGUAUGA